AUGACUCAAUUAAGAUACUUAUUAUUGAUAUCCAGACAAGGAAAGGUCAGGUUAAUGAAAUGGUAUACCCCAUUAUCUAGUAAAGAAAAGACUAAAAUCACCAAUGAAUUAACUCAAACAGUUUUAGCUAGAAAACCUAAGAUGUGCAAUAUAAUAAAUUAUUCAGAUCAUAAAGUAGUGUAUAGACGUUAUGCAAGUUUGUACUUCAUUGCAGGUAUAACACCAGAUAUAGGUAAUGAAUUAUUGACUUUAGAAUUGAUUCAUAGAUAUGUAGAAACUAUGGACGCUUAUUUUGGUAAUGUUUGUGAAUUGGAUAUCAUUUUUAAUUUCACUAAGGCUUAUGAUAUACUGAAUGAAAUGAUUAUGUGUGAUGGAUCUUUAGCUGAAUCAAGCAAAAGGAACAUUUUACAAACUAUGACUGCUAUGGAUAGCAUGGAUAAUCAUGAUAAACUGGAUAGAGUAUUGAGUUGA